AUGAGGUCCAUCGUACUGCUUAUCGUGCUGCUGUCAUAUGAGGCUACCUUCGCCUUACCAAGGCCAGAUUUUGGUAUCGCGCAGGAUGUGCCGGACAGUGGCAAGGUCUCGGAUCGUGCCAGCGCUAUCCGUGAUGCGUUCGAUGCACUGGACAAUUUUUCCGUCACCAUCACAUCGGGCCACUCGCUACUCAUCCUGAUUCGCGACAUUUUCAUCUCAAUCACGGGCAAACUCAGCAACACCGGUAUGAACCUCAUGGACACGAUCGUGACGCUGGCCAACGAUGACACGGGCCCGAUAGCAGUCGGGUUUGAUCGCGUCAACCAAGCCAUCGCAUCACUGAACGCGCUCCUCAACGGAGGCCUCAAUACGGAACUAAACACUCUCACCAGCCGGCUCGGGCCGUCCCUUGCCAACCAGUUUAAGGACGGCUUCCAGGGCAUCACCGCUGGCCUGCAGGCUCUCUCGAAGGCCCUCGGAAACUUGCAGACUGCGAUCUCAAAAGCGCAACAGGCGGCCGGCACUGGUCAGGUGACGGUGGCACAUGUACGCAAAUAUGUACCGGCCAACCUGGUGUACAAUGUUUUGGCGGCUCUUGAAUCGAUCGGCACCGGCAUGUCAACGGUUAUGUUUCCCAUCUCUAAGACUGUUGGGUAA